GGAAGUUACAAUGAUCCGCAAUAGAAAUUUGCUUAUCGAUUAUGAGUUGCUUUAUGUUCGUAAAUAUCAGUUGGCUGUAAAGUUAAACUGUGUUCUUGUUAGGAUCUACGCGUAUUGAUGCUUUGGAUAAAUAUUAAAUAUAAGACAGAAUGACCAAGAAAGAUAAAGUGGUGUACGAAGAAUGCGCAGAGGAAUGUGCCAGAAAAAUGGAAGCAACUUUCAAACUAUACAGCGGAUGUGACGUAAGCGUAAUGCCGUUAGCGACAUGGUCACGUGAACAAAAUCAGCUAUCACUUCCGGGUUGUUUUCAUUGUCCAUGGCGAAACGGACGAAUUACUGAGUACAAUUCUAUGUCGUUUUAAGGAAUUUUACGAGACCACUUUCAUUGUAGUAAUAGAUUCCAAGCUUCAAGCAGGUCGAGCUGCUUGCGCAGAAAUUAAAUCUGCCUUCAAACACCUAAAUGUAGAUAAUACCGAGGAAAAAAGAGGGCUUUAGACAGAACAAUAGAGAGAGCAAAAGAACGAAUCAUUACGAUUAAGAACGUUUGGGAUGAUGCGGACUGUUGGGUUCCCAAAGUGAUCAUGUUCCUGUUCCCGAGAUCGGAAAAACCCGGCAACUCUCGUCAUAGUCCGGUAAAAAACGGAAAAUCUCGUCGGAAUGUCUCGGUUUUCUUUGAAAUCGAUCCUAAUAACGAUGCACAGAUUAGAUGGAUGGAUAAGCAGAGAAAGGUGCUCGAAACCGACAUGAAACUUACGUGCCGAUACAAUGACGGUGAUCAUUCAGACACGGAACCGUCUGAAGGUGCCGGCGAUAGGUCGGAGACAAUUCUCGAUACCUACAGAAAAAACUCAGAAUGUGUGGUAAUGUACGUUGCUAUUGAUGAUUUACUUGGCAUCAGAAGUUUCAGGGAAACAUUUAAUAAAAACAUCAAUGCCGAAAAUGAUCGCGUGAAAGUGCUGUGCGAACAGUGUAUCGAUGUUGAAACGAAAUUGAUCGUAUUCGUGGAGAACGAAUCUAACGAAAUGAUCAAGAAAUUUGAUGACAACCAAAACCUGUACAUGGUUGGAACGAAUGGCGCCUUCACUUACUGAAUGGGGCUUUUAUCCGCGUUGGGAAAAGUGAACAUUCCGAGGAAACCCGAUGAUCUGUUUCACUCAGACGUCACGCACGAGGAGGUGAAAAAGCCUCGUUUCAAUCCCGCCACACUGUCGGACAUGACAACUCCAACACCAAGACCAAGUACGAAUAAAUUUGCCAUUGGGUUAUAUACUUCUGAAGAAGAAAAGGCAACGUGCUUAAACAAUUAUUUUGUUUCCAUUUCAACUUUAGAUUCAUCUUCGGGAGUUCUUCCCGUCCCUACUCAGUUUCCAUUUGCCAGUUUGCAAAAUGUGUCCAUAACUGAAACUGAAAUUAUCGAUUUAAUCAAAAUUUUAAUAACUAACAAAGCUGUUGGGGAAGAUUUAAUAAGUCAUCUUGUUCUUAAGCGUACUAGCGAGUCAAUUUCAAAACCGCUAUGCCUUUUGUUUAAUAAAUCACUUCAAGAAUGCACAUUUCCUUCAUCAUGGAAAAAUGCAAUUGUGAUGCCCUUAUUCAAAAAGGUUGACUCGAACAUACCUUCAAACUAUCGCCCAAUCUCUCUUUUAAGCUGCAUAGGAAAACUUAUGGAGCGUGCAGUUUAUAAACACUUAUAUAACCAUUUUAUUGCACACAAUUUAAUUUACUGCAAACAAUCAGGAUUUCUUAGAGGACACUCAACAGUUUAUCAACUCAUUGAUAUAUUUGAUCAAAUAGCUCGAUCUCUUGACGACAAGAAACUUAAUUGCAUGAUAUUCUGUGAUAUAUCCAAGGCGUUCGACCGUGUUUGGCACCGAGGUCUUUUAUUUAAACUUAAACAAAAUGGCAUAAGUGGAAAUAUAUUACAAUGGAUAGAGAGUUAAUUGUCUAACCGUACCCAAAAAGUUUUUGUCGGCUCAGCAAAGUCGCAGUCAUUAGAAGUAAAUGCCGGUGUCCCCCAGGGCUCAGUAUUAGGGCCGUUGUUUUUCUUGAUUUACGUUAAUGAUAUUGUUGAAAACCUUUUAAGUAUUACCCGACUGUUUGCUGAUGAUACUUCAUUAUCAUGUACCACAUCUGUAUUAGCCGAUCUCGAGGGUAUUUUAAACCAUGACCUAUGCCUAAUUAACGUAUGGGCAAAGCGUUGGCUUGUUGAUUUUAAUCCCCAAAAAACUGAAGCUAUUCUAUUCACAACUCAAAAGAAUAUUCCUUUUCCCAAGUUAAUGUUUGGUAAUGUACCCGUAACAUUUGUUGAUGAACACAAACAUCUCGGUCUUACGCUAAGCAGCGAUGGUAAAUGGAACAACCACAUAAAUAAUAUUAUGACUUCCGCGUCGAAAAUCCUUGGCGUUAUGCGAAAAGUUGAGUACAAACUAUCAAGAAAAUGUCUAAACCAAAUAUAUUUCACACAUUUGCGACCAUUAUUAGAAUACGCGUGUGUUGUAUGGGACGGUUGUACAUUGUACGACAAAGAAUUACUUGAAAAAAUCCAAAAUGAAGCCGCGCGUAUUGUCUCAGGCCUAACCAGAUCCGUCUCACUUAGAAACCUUUACACUGAAGUUAAAUGGCCAAGUCUAGAAAAACGACGAAGUUAUCUAAAACUAAUUAAUAUCUACAAAAUGCAUAACGGUCAGUGCCCCAAUUACCUUAAUAAUCUUCUCCCACCAACAGUUCAUGAACAAUCUUCUCUUAAUCUUAGAAACGCGGAAGACUAUACUAUUUUAUCAAGACGAACUUUACUUUAUUCACGCUCGUUUUUACCAUCUGCCAUUAAUCUAUGGAAUUCGUUACCUAUUGAAAUAAGAAACAUUGACACUAUUUCGAAAUUUAAAACUUCAUUGAAACAAUUAUUUAAUUUAUGCGAAGAUAAUCCCCCAUACUUUUACAUUGGGGAUAGACACUCAUCAAUUCUACACGCGCGCUUAAGAAAUAAUUGCAGCAACCUAAACUCAGACUUAUUCAUUAAUCAUUUAAAAAACACUCCCCUAUGUGCGUGCGGAAAUGAUGCUGAAAAUGCGGAGCAUUACUUCUUUUAUUGCCAUACAUACCAUUUGCAGCGAAUAGCUCUAUUCACUGCGCUAAGAUCGUUUCAUCCGCUUAAUUGUGAGGUGUUCCUUUAUGGUAAGCCUUCACUAAAUAAUGAAAACAACACCAUCAUUUUUAACGAAGUUAAAAAACAUAUAUUUUACGACAAAGCGAUUCAUUGCUUAGCUACUUUUUUCCAUUUUGCUGGACAGGACUUAUUACUAUCUUUAUUACUAUAUGUAUUAUUAUCAUUAUUAAUAUCCUUUUUUGUAUAAGUUAUAUGUAUAUUUUCUUUACACUCAUUAUUAUAUUUUUGAUUAAUUAUUAUUAUUACUAUUUGUAUUACUAGUUUUGGUAACAACUGUUAUUAUUAGUAGUACUGAUGUCAUCAUAUAAUAAAUAUAAUUAUUGAGAUUUAUGUUCCCAAGUGUAUAUACUGUGUAAAUGACAUGAUUAAUAUUUUAUGUAAAUCUGUCACCAUUUCAACAUGUUAAAACUAUCGCAAGGGAAGGACCCCCGAUAAUGUUGAAGAACUUCAGGUCUAAACCUUUUUCCAUUUUGUAUGUAUGGACCAAUGUAUAUAUUUGUAUAAUGUCAUUAUCUGGAAAUAAAAUAUGUUUAAAGUAAAGGGUUAUGACAAACAUAAUCAAAGCGCUGAAGGCACUGAAUUUGUUCGCUGUUGUAUAAUCUUAGACGCAAUUCAGUUUUCAAAAUUAUGUUAUAGCUUUUUAUAUCGCAAGUUUGAA